CCCCGAGGAGGCGGUCCCAAGGAGGAGGAGGAGGCGGUCACGGCCGCGGCUCCCUCUCCUGGCUCUCUGGAUGCGCCGAUGGAGCGGGAGGUGGGAGUCGGUCGGGCUGGCGGACGGCGAGCCCCGUGCUCCCUGCCGCCGCCCCUAGGUAAGAGCCCUGCCUCCUUCGCCCUCCUCCCUCCCCCGGGAUAAAGCGGCGGCCCGGGCGCCGCGGCCGGUCUCUCCCAAGCCGGUCCGGUCGGGUUAUUAUGGCAGCGCUUGGAGCCCUUGUGAAGAAAGUGUGGAGUAUCCGCCGCUAUCUGGUGCUGCUCUGCACCCCGCUGGUGCUGCUGUCUGUCCUCUUCAGCCUGCCCCCCAAGGAAGGAAAAUGCCUCUACGUAAUUCUGUUGAUGGCCGUAUACUGGUGCACCGAAGCUCUGCCCUUGUCUGUGACCGCUCUACUUCCCAUAAUUCUCUUCCCCUUCCUCAGUGUCCUCCCAGCCAGCAAAGUUUGCCCGCAGUAUUUUUUAGAUACCAACUUCCUCUUCCUGAGUGGCUUGAUCAUGGCGGCUGCCAUUGAAGAGUGGAAUCUGCAUCGUAGAAUUGCACUGAGAAUCCUUAUGUUGGUGGGAGUCCAGCCGGCCAGGCUUAUUUUAGGAAUGAUGCUGACCACUUCCUUCUUGUCCAUGUGGCUCAGUAACACGGCUUCCACCGCUAUGAUGCUACCUAUUGCAAUGGCUGUUCUGAAGAGCCUCUUCGGAGACAAGGAAACAUCUCGGGACCUCAAGAGGGAAAAUGAGGAAAGCCAAGCCUCUGUACAUCAGAAUAAACUUCACACCGUGCCAACUGAGAUGCAGCUUCUAGCAAAUGUUGAUGAAAAAGACUUGACAGAGGAGAAGGAAGUCACAAUUGAAGUUUCCUCAGACAUACAGAAGGAGGAAGAGCACAAGAAGAAUGUAUGGAAAGGCUUCCUCAUUUCGAUCCCUUAUGCAGCCAGUAUUGGUGGAACAGCGACGCUGACGGGAACUGCCCCAAAUCUCAUUCUUUCAGGACAACUCAAAAGCUUUUUUCCAGGGUGUGACGUUGUGAAUUUUGGCUCUUGGUUUGUGUUUGCCUUUCCCUUAAUGCUGCUGUUCCUUCUUUUUGGAUGGCUCUGGAUCUCAUUCCUUUAUGGAUGCAUUAGCUUGAGCUGGAGAAAAAAGAAAUCGGAGAUCAGAGCUGAUGCAGAAGCCAGAGCCAGGACAGUGAUAAGGGAUGAUUAUCGGAAGCUGGGACCAAUAAAGUUUGCUGAACAGGCAGUAUUUGUACUUUUCUGCUUAUUCGCAAUCCUGCUAUUCUCCAGAGACCCUAAGUUCAUCCCAGGCUGGGCAAGCUUGUUCACACCAGGGUUUGUCACCGAUGCUGUUACUGGAGUCACAAUAGUGACAAUAUUGUUCUUCUUCCCAUCGAAAAAGCCGUCCCUUAAAUGGUGGUUUGACUUGAAAGCACCGAACACAGAGAACCAGCCCUUGCUGACUUGGAGAAAAGCCCAAGAAAGUGUACCAUGGAAUAUAAUCCUAUUGCUUGGAGGAGGUUUUGCCAUGGCAAAAGGAUGUGAGGAGUCUGGCUUGUCUGUCUGGAUUGGAGGCCAGCUUGACCCUCUGGAGAACCUCCCUCCUGCUGUAGCUGUUAUUCUCAUUACAGCAGUGAUCGCGUUAUUCACAGAAUUUGCAAGUAAUACAGCCACAAUCAUAAUCUUCCUGCCUGUCCUGGCAGAACUGGCCAUUCGUCUGAAAGUGCAUCCCCUCUACUUAAUGAUACCAGGAACCAUAGGGUGCUCAUUUGCUUUCAUGCUUCCGGUCUCUACACCCCCAAAUUCAAUUGCCUUUGCUUCUGGGCACUUACUGGUUAAAGAUAUGGCAAGGACGGGUCUGCUUAUGAAUCUGAUGGGAGUUUUGUUUCUGAGUCUGGCUAUCAACACUUGGGCCACGAGCAUCUUUCAGCUGGGCAGCUUUCCUGACUGGGCCAACAUCCAUUCAGAAAACACGACCCUGCUGGUGGAUGUGCAGAACGUCACUCUAAACUCAAUGAGCAAAUUAUGAACAGAACAACCUUGUUGCGGGAGGAGCGCUCCCCCUUCAAAUUUGGGCACUGAAUUAGAUCCACAGAAAGUACAAGAACGCACAGGUGAUGGCGUCGUUGAUGCCCCUCCUUAUACAGGACUGCCAUGUUCCUUUUAUGUUUGUUUUUAUAAAUAUUUGUGAGUACUCACUGGAUAAUUAUUUUGUGCCUUGGAAGACUCUCUCCACUUUCAUGCCAAAAACCUCCCAUCAGGCAGUUCUUAGGUAGGUUUAGACCUUAGUGCUGCAUUGAAUUCCACCCUUUGAGUGUGAAUCCUAGGACACUGUGUGUAAAUAAACAGUGACUGUGAACUGCAAGCCCUCUGCAAGUAGCUGCAGUGGAUUCUGUGAAAAACUGCCAAGUCAGGAACACUAUUAAUACACAUAUUAUACCCAAUCAGAUCAUAUCCAUUAUUCAAACGUCAUGUCUUGUUAGACCUUGUACAGCCAUGAUCCUAAAAUCUGCCUAUAGUGGUCUGUAGCCUGACUACUCACACAAAAUGCCCCUAUAGCCAAUGGAAUAUUGGAAGAUGCCUUAUACUGAGUGAGAAUGAGAGAGAGAUACCUCAGUAUAAUCUGUCUGCUGCUGUAUUGUCUCACAGGCAGCAGCUCCCUGGGGUCUUAGUCAAGGUCUUUCUCAGUCGUAGGUGGAGAUGCUGGAGUUUGUACAGGGUACCAUUUGCAUGCAGUGAUAAACCAAAAGAAAGAGAUCCCUCAAUAAGACAUACAAAAUAUUCAGUUAAUGGAAUAAAGAAUGAAUGACAAGAAGAAUAAAUUAGUAAUGAAAUUCAC